UCAAGGCAACGCACACAACGAUAGGCUCUCUGGUAUUGCAAUACUUUCCCGAUGAAAUAUGUCAAACACCUUUCUACAAUAGAGAACUGACCCUUAUUAAACGCGACAGCAUGUUUGGGGGUUCAAAUCGAUACAAGUACGACGUUCUUCCUCAAAAAGACCCCUUCUCUCAUCAUGGUCCUGGAUUAUACACAACGCCAUCUGACUUCCAGCAAGCCCGUUAUGGCCAAAAGGGCCACUCUUUUGAUUACGUUCCCAGAAUCACUGAAAAUGACUUCACAGACAGAAGUCAAGGAUGCCUGUCUCGAUUAUGCCACUUGAUUGUCAUCUUCCUCGUUGGGUUAUGCACUUGCAUCACCUUCCCUGUGUCGGGAUGGUUUGUUCUCAAAGUUGUCCCAAACUACGAGAGGAUCGUGUUCUUCCGCCUGGGCCGUAUUCGCCCUCCUCAAGGUCCCGGGGUGGUUCUGGUUUUGCCAUGGAUUGACCAGUGGCAGCGGGUAGAUUUGCGAACGAGAGCAUUCAACAUACCUCCGUGCAAGAUACAUACCAGAGAUGGGGGGCUGGUGUCUGUGGGAGCAGACAUCCAGUUUCGGAUCUGGAGCCCGGUGAUGUCCGUGGUGGCUGUCCAGGACCUGAACUCAUCCACGAGACUCACGGCCCAGAACGCCAUGACCCAGAGCCUGAGCAAGAAGACGGUCCGGGAGAUCCAGACGGAGAAGCUCAAACUGGGGGACUACCUCGGGAUGGACAUCAAUGAGCUGACGAAGCCAUGGGGUCUGGAGGUGGACCGUGUGGAGCUCACGCUGGAGUCUGUGCUGAAGGGCCCGGAUGGAGUGAGCUUCCAGGGGCACCCAGGCUCCCAGGUGGUGCCCACCUCCGCCUCCGCCGCGGUGCCAGGCCUGGGGGGCAUUGCUGGGCUGGAGGGUCUCGCUGGGCUGGAGGGUAUGGCGGGACCCAUGCAGCAGCUGGCUAUGCAGUUCCUAGGCAACAUGAGCAAUAUGACAACUAAUCAGUCUCCCCUCACAGGUAGUUCCUCCGUGACUGUGGUGGAUGAGGUGGGCUCUGGGCAGAGGGAGCGGAGACCGGCUGUGAGCAGUGCUGAGGAGCUGCUGGAGGCUGUGAAGCUGGUGCUGUGUGAGGGCCUGGUCUCCACCGUGGGGGCCUGCUACCAGCUGCACAUCACCUCCCCCAGCGGACACUCCAGCUCCUACUACCUGGACCUCAGCCAAGGCAGUGGAGCGUGUGGCCCUGGUUCUCUGCCACGAGGGGGCGACGUGGAGCUUAACCUGAGCGAGGCGGACCUGCUGGCCAUGUUCCAGGGCGCUCUGAAGCCCAUGGCUGCCUACGCCUGCGGCAGGCUGAGGGUGCAGGGCGACCUGAACGUGGCCAUGCGGCUGGAGGAGCUGGUCAAGGCACUGAAGGGAGCAGGAGGCACACAGUCAGACUGAACGCAACACACUCUCUUGCUCUCUCUCUCUCACACACACACACACAAACACACACCCAUGCACCUGCACGCACACAUUUCCAAUGUGAUUCUCGAUUCUCUUCUCAAAUAUCUUACACACACAUACUGUAUCUCUCAGCCUAUCUCUCUCUCUUUCAUAUGCGUGACCACACAUGUGCACCCACAUCAAGACUAAAGCUGAAAAUGGCUGAGGCUGCAGGGUAACCUGAACUUGAACAUGAGGCUGGAGGAGCUGGUCUAGGCACUGAAGAAAGCAGGAGGCACAUAGUCAGACUGAACGCAAAACUCUGUCUCUCUCACACACACACACACACACACACACACACACACACACACACACACACACACACACACACACACACACACACACACACACACACACACACACACACGCACACACGCACACACACACGUUAAUAUGUGAAACAUAAAAUGUUUCAAAAUAUUAACUUGUCAUACGACGAGUUCUGCGCUCAUGUUUACAAUGGUUUCAACGAUAGCUUGAUAAAUGAUGCCCUAUAUAUUUUGCGUGUUCUCUUUACAUUUUAGAUUUUGCUCAGGUAUCAGCACCGUAAACUAAAUACUUUUCACUACAGCUUUUGUGUUGUUGUAACAAGGUUAAAAACCCCAGAUAAAUAGUAUACAAAAAAACAUAGUAUACGUAGAUGAAGACCAAUCCAAAAGAUUGCUACAUGGAAAAGUCAAAUUUAAAAUGUGCAGUUAUUACAUGCAGAAAGUAGAGGAGUGUCAUCAUUUAGUUAUCUUUUUUGCGGUGUGGUUGUUCCUUGUAAGUGGGUAAUGUGGAUUUCCCCAGUUGAUUUGGGUGUGCACAUUUAAUAUAAUUUGUAUUUCCUCUUGAAAUCUUGUUUGAAUAGGUCCUUCAGUUUCAAUGUUGUCCUUCAAUGAUUUCAGUGAAUAUUUAUGGGUUACAGGAUAUUAAUAUAGGUGCCUUGCUUUUGCAGUGAUACGUUUUUUGUCAUUUCUCAAAUGUUUUAUUUUUAUUUAAAAGAACGACACUGAAUGAAAUAUUUGCAUUUUUAUUUUUUAUUGCUAUUUAAAUUUUACAGUGUGAAGAAUAAUUUUAAAUAA